AUGGACGAAAUACGCAAGAUCCCGCCCGUGACACGCUUCCUGCUCGGUGCCACCGGGGCCGUCACCCUACCAUGCGUUCUGGCCAUCACUACACCCACCCGGUUUGUCCUAUUCUGGCCUUGGGUCAUUUCCAAAUUCCAUAUCCACCGACUCUUCUCCUGCUUCUUCUUCGCCGGCAGCGGUCUCAAGCUCCUCUUCGAUCUCUUCUUGCUCUUCCGUAACAGUCAAGAUCUGGAAUUGAACCAUUUUGGUCGUCGUACAGCAGACUACACUUGGGCUUUGCUGGUUAUGGGAACCGUGAUUCAUGCUGCCAACUAUCCCCUCGGAUCGGCGGUGCUGUUUGGUCCCAUGCUGAACGCGCUAGUGUAUGUAUGGGCGAGGGCGAAUCCAAGUAGUAGCGUCUCAUUCUUUGGGAUGGUCAACUGUCCGAGUAGGUGGUUGCCAUAUGUGUAUAUCGGAAUAGAUCUACUCCAGGGAGGGCCUGCAUUGGCGGUUCAGAGUGGAACCGGCUUGUUGGCUGGCUAUGCUUACUGGCUUUUCGAUCAGCUUCUGCCAGCGCAAAGAAGAGGCAGAGCUCAGGGGAGGAGCUACAUCCCCACCCCAGGCUUUCUGCAAUCUCUGCUUACGGACUCGGUAGACCCAGCACUGGCAGGACACAACAUGGGAGACCGCAACGCACGCCGCUUCGCAGGAGGCACAGUCUGGAACGCUGCUCGUGACCGUGGUCAUCGACUCUCUGACCGAAACGCCAGUAGUGCUUCACCUCGCCCAACAAGCAUCGCAUCCGCUCUUGGCGCAGGAGCGCGAUCUACCUUGUCCACGCUCAACCCAUUCAACCGCAGCUCCUCGUCCAGCUCUUCCCGCACCGCAGGUCCAAACAGAGAAGAAAUGCUAGCAGCAGCUGAGCGUCGUCUUCGCGCUUCUCAAUCUUCAUCUAUUGUAGGACGAAACGCUGCUGAAAAAGUCCCCUCAAAACCAGCAGGAUCAAACACAGCAGGUAGCACCAGCUUGAACGCUCGUUCAUCAGCAGCAGCAAGCCGUGCUUCACCAAGUGCGAACUUGAGAAAGACAGCCGCUGGUGGAGCACAGUCGAAUAUGUUCACUUUCGGUCAGCUCAAUGAAAAAGGUGCGAGGAAGCAAGGUGAGGGGGAAGAGGAUCAUAGCUCAAGCGGAGGAGCUGUGGCGGAGCAAAGAUGGGGAACGGAAAAGGCGAAGGCGAAGGCGAAAGAUAGCGAUGAUGAGGUGGAGGAGGAUGUUAGUACGGGUCAUAGUUGGGGUGGGAGUGGUCAACGACUCGGUGACUAG